CUUCCGGGGCUUGAGAAUGCAAUUUGGGUUCAUUCUCUCCGACAUUUCUCUAUUUCUAGUUCAUUAUUAUAGUGUACUUUUAUUAUUGUGAACAAUUUACUGCAUUGUUAGGAGUUGGUAACAUGAGCAUUUCGCUACACUCGUUAUAGCAUCUGCUAAACCGUAUAACGCGACCAAUAAACCUUGAUUUUGGACUAACGUUAGAGGGUGACGUUUUCUAGCUUCCGAUUCGUUGAGCGCCUGAAAGUGGGUUCAGAAACAAGUAUGAACGGUGUAUCGUUGGUUGUCGGAUUCCGAAACAGACAAACAACAUCUCUAGGCUACACAGAGUGACAUUAAUAAAUGGGCACAACAAUGCAGCUUUUACUACGAGAUAGUAGUAGUAAGUAACUAGGAUAUCCGUUCAAAAUGCCCAGUGGCGAUAUGACGCGUGUGCUCGGCAUACUCAGCUCUCUGUAUCCGCACGUCGAGACCCUGGAGGAGUUUGCAGACCAUACUGUAUUCAGAGAGGGACAGAGAGCGGUGCUCAUCGAACCGACAGAUACAACGCGCUUCAUAUCGUUUGUCCGGGGAGUGUUUGUCUGCACGGAUAAAACCCUACAGGACGUCCCCAGCUGCAAUCAGAUCAGCACCGUGCCUGAGCUGUUGGCGUUCGUGUUGAACAACACCAAGAGGAAAAAGAAAAGGAAUGUUCUGGCGCACGGUUAUGGUUACACGUUCCAGGACCGCGACGCCGACCAGUUUAAGUUUCAUGGCGAGAUCACUCAGAGUGCCGCGUACAUCCACGGCAGCGACUUAUGGAAGAGGAUCUGCCAGCGCCUCGGCACCGACGUCUCCAAGUACCUCCUGGAGAGCUGUUCCUUGUUCGUUACGGUGCCGCCGUCGUCCGCGUUCCAGGUGUGCGGCGUGCCUGUGUACGACCGCGUUUCCAUGUCAACGGGUAUCUCUAGGUUCCACCUGGGAUACAAACGGAAUGGUACUACUAGAAACAGCAGAGGGAGAAGUGAGGUCAGAAAUGGGGGAUGGGAAUUUCAGCGUUCUGGUGGGAGAAAAAGGAGAUGGGAUGGAGGUAGAGACACUGGGAAAAGGAAGGGAGAAGAGGUCAGUUUGGGUGGGAAGAGGGAGAGGGAGGAGGUGGAAGGAGAUGGGUGUUUGCCUGGAAAAAGGAGAUGGGAUGGAGGUAGAGACACUGGGAAAAGGAAGGGAGAAGAGGUCAGUUUGGGAGGGGAGAGGGAGGAGGUGGAAGGAGAUGGGUGUUUGCCUGGAAAAAGGAGAUGGGAUGGAGGUAGAGACACUGGGAAAAGGAAGGGAGAAGAGGUCAGUUUGGGAGGGAAGAGGGAGAGGGAGGAGGUGGAAGGAGAUGGGUGUUUGCCUGGAAAAGGGAGAUGGGAUGGAGGUAGAGACACUGGGAAAAGGAAGGGAGAAGAGGUCAGUUUGGGAGGGAAGAGGGAGGAGGUGGAAGGAGAUGGGUAUUUGCCUGGAAAAAGGAGAUGUACUCAAAGAGAAGCUCCCACAGUCUCCAGUGGGACUAGCGAUCGUAAGCACAGAACACUGGAAACAAAUGGGGUCAAGAGACCAGUGGAGGUUAUUUCUCUCACCAAGGGACCCACACAGAGCCUACAGGUUUUCAAUGGUUCUAGCAAUGUGGAACCGGUGUCAGCAGAAAUGGAACGUCUCAGGAAGCCAAUGGAGCAACUGUCUGGACCCGGAAGACCGUUGGAGGCUGUGAUGGUCACCAUAGCGCCCGCCGAGAGCUCUAAACAGGUCUCCGACGGCACAGGUAAUAUCGAGCAGAUGUCAAUGAAAACAGGACAUAGAAGGCCAGCGGCUGUAGUCCAAAGACCAGUAGAAGAACAGUCUGGACCCGUAUCGGCCACCGUCCAUGUAGAGGGGGGUCCUAGUUGGAGAACAGGGUCGUUCCCACCACUCUCCCACUCCCAGUCUUUCAUUCGCACCCUGGGCAUGCUCUACGGAGGGCGGGGCAUGCGCCGCUUCCUACUAAACAGGAAGAGGAAAAGUAGGGACGAGGGGCCCAGGCGUCUGCAGGGGCGAGACUUAGUGAGACUGGUCUUCUUUGAAGGCGUGGCCUAUCUGAACGGAGCCGAAAGGAAGCCUGAGAGACUUCCCAGAAGGUUUUUCACCUUGGUGCCUCUGUUUUGUCAGUUGUUACGUCGACACAGGAGGUGUCCCUAUUCUAAGAUACUGCAGAGGGUUUGUCCAGCAGUGGGACAGGGGGAUAUGGCCUCCCUCCUGCCCCAGCACAGUGCACCUCACCGGGUGUACCUCUUUGUCAGAGAGUGCCUCAACGCGGUGGUCCCCUCGGAGUUCUGGGGGUCGGACCAUAACCGAUUCAAAUUCCUGUCCGCAGUCAGGAACUUCCUGUCCAUGGGCAAGUUUGAGAGGAUGUCAUUGGCUGAGCUGAUGUGGAAGAUGAAGGUGAAUGACUGUGAUUGGCUGAAGAUCAGCAAGACAGGCCGCUGCCCGCCCAGUGAGCUGUCGUAUCGGACGCGAGUGCUAGGCCAGCUCCUGGCUUGGCUGCUGGAUGGCUAUGUGCUAGGCCUGGUGAGAGCUAUGUUCUAUGUCACAGAGAGCAUGGGACAGAAGAACGCACUGCGCUUCUACAGAUACCAGGUCUGGGCCAAGCUGCAGGAGCUGGCUCUCAGUGGUCACCUCUCUAAAGGUCAGAUGUCAGAGUUGACCCUGGCCCAGGUGACGUCGCUCCCCAAAACCACUGUCAUCUCCCGCCUCCGCUUCAUCCCCAAGACCGAAGGCAUGAGACCCAUCACACGGGUCAUAGGGGCUGACGCCAAAACGAGGUUGUUCCAGACCCGUGUGAAGGAGCUGUUAGAUGUGCUAGGUGUCUGUGUACGGUCCUCUCCCUCUCUCCUGGGUUCUACAGUGUGGGGGUUGACAGACAUCCACAGAGUCCUCUCUUCCAUCACCCCUGCUCAGAAAGACAAACCACAGCCGCUCUACUUUGUCAAGGUGGAUGUGAGUGGGGCCUACGACAGUCUACCCCACACUCGGCUCUUGGAGGUGAUUGGUCAGGUCCUGUCACAUGUACAGGAAGAGCUUUUCUCAGUGCGAUGCUAUGCCAAGGUGUGGGCCGACACCCACGAGGGCCUCAAAAAGACCUUUGUCAGACAGGCAGACACUGUGGCGUCCACCAACAUGAAAGGCUUUGUGAUGGCACUGCAGAGAGAGGGCAAAGUUCACGAUGCCAUACUGGUGGAGCAGCAUUUCUCCACAGAUAUUCAUGGCAAAGACGUCUUGGAGUUCUUCACCCAGAUGCUCUCUAGCUGUGUUGUCCAGUUUGGGAAGAAAUCGUUCCGUCAGUGUCAGGGGAUUCCUCAGGGUUCCGUGGCGUCGUCUCUGCUGUGCUGCCUCUGUUACGGCCACAUGGAGAACCUUCUGUUCCCUAACGUCAGUCAGAGAGGAGGGUGUCUGAUGAGACUGGUUGACGAUUUCCUCCUCAUCACUCCUGACCUGAGCCAGGCACAGACCUUCCUCAAGACCCUGAUGGCGGGGGUACCACAGUACGGGUGUGUGGUGAACCCCCAGAAGGUGGCUGUUAACUUCCCUUUGGGGGAGGGGGGGUCCUGCCCUGCUGGGGUACGCCUGCUGCCUUUACACUGUCUGUUCCCCUGGUGUGGACUAUUGCUGAAUACACACACCCUGGAUGUCCACAAUAACUACGGCAGCUACGCUGGCCUAUCCCUGCGCUACAGCCUGACGCUAGGCUCCGCCCACUGUGCGGGGCAGCAAAUGAAGAGGAAGCUCAUGUCCAUCCUUAGAUUCAAGUGCCACGCCCUCUUCCUGGACCUCAAAACCAACUCCCUGGAGGCUGUCUAUAGCAACAUCUAUAAGUUAGUUUUGCUGCACGCGUUCAGGUUCCAUGCCUGUGCACAGAGUUUGCCGUUUGGUCAGAAAGUGGGCGGAAACCACUCGUACUUCCUCAACCUGAUCUGGGACUUGGCGGAGUACACCAACCAGCUAGUCAGACUCUGCAACAAAGGUCUGUCUCUAGGCUGUAAGGCUUUAACAGGUAGCCUUCAGUAUGAGGCAGUAGAACUGAUAUACUGUCUGGCCUUCCUGUUGGUUCUGUCCCGUCAUCGCCCCCUCUACUACCAUCUCCUCGCUCCGCUACGCACACGUAAGAGGAAGCUGGAGGGGAAGCUGGUGGGUUUGAGAUUGGCACGAAUCAGACAAGCUGCCACACCCAAAAUGCCUGAAGACUUCAAGGCCAUCCGGGCCUAGAGGAGAAUUUCCACUACUGUGACCUCUUGCCCUCUGCUCCUUGUCACCUCUUAACCCUAUUACCUUUUAACCCUAUACCUGUGCACAGCAGGGAGGGAGGGGGGGGGCUUGGACAGUCGGGUCAAAAUACUGUGUGGACAAUUGUAAAUUGUCCCGGUGUCAAUAUUUUGGUUUGGUUGUAUACUAGCUCGUGUUUUGAUUCUGUUGUACUUUUUAAAGCAGACCGAGGUUGUAGGUCAGUGAGUGAUAAGGAUGAAUCAUAAAAGGCUGUCUUUUUGUAAUAAAGAUUUCUGUAAGAUCAACAGA